UUCAGCUCGCGCUUUGCGCUCGCAUUAUUUGAUUGUAGAAUUAAGUUUUGUAUUUAUGGGUAACUGCAAACAGUUCUUAACCUGUCCAUUUUCAGGCCCAAAACAUAUAUUUUUAAAAAGAAUCAUGCUUGCGCUUCGCGCUCGCAGUAAUUAUUUAGUUACAAACGCAUCUUCUUCAGGACCACAAAUACUACUCAGAAUGUUAAACGUUUUAGCGAAUCAUUAUCUUAAGUUUUAGACGUAAAUAACCGUUCCACGGCGAAUAACUUUUGCUACCUUCAGUUUUGACUUAAAAAUACCUAUAUUCAGAUAGAAUAUUGAUGGCAUCAUCAAGAAUUAAGAAUGAAAUCUAAUCACAGCCAUAAAUUGUUGAUAAAAAAUGUUAAUUACAGAGAGAGAGAGAGGGGGGAUCAGUCACAUGAUCAACCGGUAAAUAAUAUCAUCAACCGAUGUGCAUAUGUUUACUGAGUGCUUCAAGAUUAAAAUCAAGCUGGAUGCUGCUAAAUCAGAGAUAUGGCUGAAAUAAAAGAUGCUGUUGAGUGUUGGACCGGGGAGAUGUCGGCCCUCCUCGCCAAGUCCCCGGCGCAUGCCGCCAAACUCUGCCACGAAUACGAGAAUGUUGUCAUGGUAUACUACAUUCCAAAGAAAGGCAUCGAGCAGACAAAACGAUUCAAAGUUCGUCCGGACGAUGUGUAUAUCAUCAGUUAUCCCAAAGUAGGAACUACGUGGCUCCAGCAGAUUGCAAUGUUGGUAAGGCUUGAAGGGGAUCUCUCAUUCUACGAAGGAAAGCAUAUCAUCACGAUGGUUCCUUUCUUGGAAAUUUGCACUUUACCGGACAUGACCGCGUACAAAGACAAGGAAGAGAUAAUGUCUGGACCGACAGGUGUUGAAAUGGCAGACGCUAUGCCAACCAAUACACCUCGGAUACUAAAAACACACGUGGUCCCAAGAUGGCUCCCUGACGGACUCAAAGAUAAUCCUCCAGCGAAGGUGCUGUACAUGGCUAGGAACCCAAAGGAUACGGCUGUUUCUGGCUAUCAUUUCUGUCAACUGGUCAAGCCACUUCCGACGUAUACGUGGCAUGAAUUCUUUGAGGAGUUCAUCGCAGAUAGAGCUUUUUACGGUUCUUGGUUCGAGCACACGCUUUACUGGUGGAAGCUCAGGAAUCAUCCCAAUGUUCUCUUUCUCAAGUAUGAAGACAUGAAACAAGACCCGAGGAAAGCCGUGAUUCAGAUCGCACAGUUCAUGGGGAAAUCUUUACCAAACGACAUCAUUGACCGUAUCGUCGAAGCAUCAAGUUUCAAGUUCAUGAAGAGUAAUGAGAGCAUGAACCCAGAUGUCGCUUUCAACAAGCUUGUGGACCUCACAAAGGAGAAGUCAUUCAUGCGAAAAGGUAUGGUUGGAGAUUGGAAGAAUUACUUCACAGAAGAUCAAAAUCAUCGAUUUGAUAAACUCUACGAGGAAAAAAUGUCCGGAUCUGGACUUGAAUUUAGAUUCGAAUGAUAAUCAUCACCACGAAUAUUAAUAUCUUGACUUUCUAGAUAAUUGUAGGUAAUAAGUAAAGCUACUGGAAAUAGCAUUGCUUUAUGCUAUAAAAA